AUGAAUGCUCCUCCAACCUUUGAGUCAUUUUUGCUGUACGAUGGAGAAAAAAAGAUUAUUCGAGAGCAAGAUACGAAAGUACCUAACGCUGCUAUUUUCACAAUUAACAAAGAAGAUCACACUCUUGGCAACAUGAUCAGAAAUCAACUUUUGAAAGAUCCCAAUGUAUUAUUUGCCGGAUACAAGGUGCCGCAUCCUUUAGAACACAAAUUUGUUUUAAGAAUCCAGACGACCUCAGAUUAUUCACCUCAAGAUGCCCUAAUGAAUGCAAUAACUGAUUUAAUUUCCGAGUUGUCACUUUUCGAAGAGAGAUUUAAGGAAGCUAUUAAAGAGAAAAAGGAAGGUUUAGACUAA